AUGUGCCUAUUUCCCGAUCCUUCUUCCGGGUUUGCGGCUCAGCCUUCCGGUCAGGGGAGCUCCCGCAGGUUGGAGCGGAAUAGAGCGGGGCGGAAGCGGGCCUGCUCCGAGGGAAGGGGCCGGCUGGGCGGGCCGGCGGGAGGAGGUGCCGGGGCGGGGAAGGGCGGGGAAGUGGCCGGACGCGGGUGUCAGGCGCCGCGCUCAGCUCCCACCGCUGGGUUGCCAACAAGCGCGGGUCUGGCGGAGCGCGGUGGCGCGCGGAGAUCGCGAGGAGACCGGGAGCGGCUGGACCCCCGGCGGCGCGCCCCUCGGUCGGGCCGGGAGCCGCGCCAGUCGGUGCCGCCGGCCGAGCGCGGUCCGCCUCCCUGUCGGUCAUCGAUCCGGAGCGCGGCCGGCGGGCAUGCCGGAUCCACCAGGGGCGCCGCCGCCGGCGCUCGCAGGCCGCGGGUGAAGAAGAAAGUGCAGCCUCGCUCGGCCCGGGGUGAAGAGGUGGCCCAGAGCGAAGAGGUGACCCCGAGCGAAGAGGAGGCCCGGAGCGAGGAAAUGGCGGCAGCCGGGCUCAGCGUGACCGUCACCCACAGCAAUGAGAAGCAUGACCUACAUGUUACCCCACAAGAGGGCUGUAGCGAACCAAUUGUUCAAGACCUGGCCCAGGUUGUGGAAGAGGCCACGGGGGUCCCGCUGCCUUUUCAAAAACUCAUAUUUAAGGGAAAAUCUCUGAAAGAAAUGGAGACGCCGUUGUCAGCACUUGGAAUACAAAAUGGUUGCCGGGUUAUGUUAAUUGGGAAAAAGAACAGUCCAGAGGAAGAGGUUGAACUAAAGAAGUUGAAAGAUCUGGAGAGGUCUGUGGAGAAGAUAGCUGACCAACUGGAAGAGUUGAACAAGGAGCUUACCGGAAUCCAGCAGGGUUUUCUGGCUAAGGAUUUGCAAGCUGAAGCUCUCUGCAGACUUGAUAGGAAAGUAAAAGCCACAACUGAGCAGUUUAUGAAGAUCUUGGAGGAGAUUGACACACUGAUUCUGCCAGAAAAUUUCAAGGACAGUAGACUGAAAAGGAAGGGCCUAGUGAAGAGGGUUCAGGCAUUCCUCGCUGAGUGUGACACGGUGGAGCAGAACAUCUGCCAGGAGACGGAGCGGCUGCAGUCCACAAACUUGGCCCUGGCCGAGUGAGGUGAGGCGGCGAGAGCCUGUGCUGCCCUGAAGAACAGCGCCACCAGCUCUGCCCUGCCCGGAGCAGAAGUUACCUGACUUCUCCAGGGCUGCUGGGGACAACUGGCUGGUUGCCACUUUUCCUUCUCCUUCGCCUGCUCUCAAUGAACGAGUAUUGUCUUAUAAUCUUAAGUACAGCUCCUGUCUGUCUUCUCUCCUGUCUCUGUGGCCGUGCUCUCCCGCCUUGUCUGGAGAGCCUUGCCUCCCAAGUCUUCCCGGCUCUUCUGACCUUUGGGUGCUUGCUUUGGGUAGUGAGAGCUCUCAUUUGUCCUGGGGUAGCUGCAAGUUUAUGGGCCACCCCAGUCUUCAGAUACAUGAGGCCUUUUUGCCCUGUGGUCCCAUAGUCCUGUAGACGUGUUGCAUCUGGUCAGGAGUGUUGGGAAUGGCUCAGAGCAGGUGUUUGACGCACAGGUAGUCCAAGUCUCCCUUGUUGUGACCUAGUUUUGGGACUCGGUGGUCGGUUCACAGACCCCGUUCUCCUCUUCCAGUGACCCUGCCCAGCCACAGGCUGUGAGAUCUCAGGGGCCAUUCCUGGGGUGGGGCCUGUGGUUAAUGCCUAGACUUCCUUGUCCCCAGGCAAAUCUCUAGAAGGUUAGAACCCAGUGUCGUCUGAGUCUCUGCUUGAAACCAAGUCAGAACCAUGGCUUCGGAGGGGCAGAGAGGGGAGCCAGGGUGAGGAAAGCCGGUGGGUGAGGAAGGGAACCAUAAACCUCCCAGGAGUUCCUUCAGAGGCGUUUCUGUCAGCCAUACCCUCCUGAGAGCCUAUUUCCUUCAAGGCUGUUCUGCAUUUUGUGGCCUGCCUCCUACCCCCACUGUUAUUUUUUAAAAAAUCCAGAAAACAGUUUAUAUACACAUCAGCAAGCAGAAGAGUGUUUAAACUUCUUUUUGGAUAGAUAAAGUGGUGUUUCUCGUCGUAGCUUAUGUUUAACAAAGUUGAGAGUGGCCCUGUGUGCUAGAACUCUUUAAACGGCUCAGCUCUUCUCACCCCAUUUUUUUCCACAGUGCCCAGGAGACAGGCUCCCAAGAGGCCACUUUGAGGCCGACCUUAUUUGGCAGACAGACACUGAAAUCCAAGGAAUUUAGGGCUGCGUGGGUGGGAGUAAGGAUAAGGUGGCGGGAGGGGUGGACAAGUAGCCGAGGCUCGGGGCCCAGCCCACCCCCAACUGUAAUCAGAGCAGUUCAGUAUUCAUCUGUUUUUGUAUAGUAGCUAUGUGGCCUCGGGCCACAAUUAAUGAGAGGUUACUGUGUGCCACAUGCUGGUCUAAGGUCUUUAGGUAUAUUAGUCAUUUAAUAAUCACACAACCUAGGAGGUAGACAGAUACUACCCCAUUUUAGAGAGAAGGAAACUGAGAGAGCUUAGGGAAUUUGCUCGAGGUUCUAGAGUCAGUGGCAAGGCCAGGACAUAAAGAUGGGCAGUUUUUGCUCUUCAUCUCUACUGCCGCCCAACUGACAGGGGGUUGCUCACUCUCAUUUUCUCUAUCCCUCUCCCUCUAUUUAUCUCACAAGUUGGUCUUUCCACUUCCUCUCUGGCUCUCUCCAAUUCAUUCUCCACCCAGCAUGCUGAGUGAUCAUGAAGUACAAAUCUUACGGUGUCGGUCCCCUGCUUAGAAAGCUCCCGUGGUUCCGCAUUCCUCUUAGGAUCAAGGCCAGUGUCCUUGCCCUGCACUCCUCACAUCUCCUCUCCAGCCGCUCUCCUGUUUGCUCUCUGCUGUCAGCCACUCGGGUCUUGGUUUGGGUCCUCAGAUGCUCUGUACUCUCUCCUGACCUGGGGUCUUUGCACACAUGGUUCCUCUGCUUGGACAGCCCCCCACCCCCCUGUCCUGGACGACUCAUAUUCAGUCUUCAGAACUUAACUCAGAUAUCUCUUCCAUGGAGAAGCCUCACCUGCCGUCUGUCUGAGAAGGUAUCAAGCCCCCAGGUGACGUCCUUUUACAGCUUGCCAUGACUUUUCUUUUCUGUAUGAUAAACAGCAUUUGUCAUA